AUGUUGAAUACUUUUCCUUUUCCACAUACGCUAAUAAUUUUGAUUUUUUUUGUGUUUCCUCUCGUUUCUGCCAAUUACUAUUAUGAUACUAGUACUGCUGGAACAUCUUCAUCAAGUGCAAAUGUAGUUGCCCUUUUAAUCUGGAAGGCAAGCCUUGAAAGUAAAAGCCAAUUAGUUCUUUCUUCUUGGAAGAAUACCAGCGCUAGUCCUUGCCAUUGGGACUUUAUUCAUUGCGACAGCCCUGGAAUGGUAACUGAGAUGAAUAUGCCAAACAAUAGCAUAAGUGGUAUCCUUCAGAAUCUAUAUUUCUCUUCAUUUUCCAAUCUCCGCAAAAUCAACUUGUCGAACAAAUCACUCUAUGGUACUCUUCCUGCUAACAUAUUCAAUCUUUUAAAGUUGAGUUACCUUGAUUUGGGCUAUAAUGAUUUCUCAGGAAUGAUUCCACCUGAAAUAGGCUUCUUGAAAAAUCUUGAGUACCUUUUGAUUGACCAUACUCGUUUUAGUGGCUUUCUGCCCCAGGAGUUAGGAAUGCUAGAGUCUCUUCUUAUACUUAGAGUACAAGCAACCAAUCUUACAGGCACAAUCUCUGCCGCUAUUGGGCCGAUAGCUUGGGAAAUUUGGUCUCUGACUCAUUUGAUGGAUGUUGAUCUCAGAAUUAACAGUCUUGCUGGUCAAAUACCAAGUUCUAUUGGAAAUUUCAGCAAGUUGUUCUCUUUGAUUCUUUCCAAAACAGUCUCACAGGUGAAAUACCCGCGUCAAUUGGAGACUCAGGAAACCUGCUCUUUCUAUCCUUGUGUGGUAACAGGCUGUCAGGAUCCAUUCCUUCAUCCAUUGCUGCUUGAUCUCUCCUCCAAUCAUUUCAGUGGCAAGAUCCCUAGAAGCUUGGAUAGCCUAAAGCUACUUUUUGAGCUUGAUUGUUCUGGUAACGAACUUUCAGGUGAUAUUCCAUCACAACUUGGGAUGCUUUCUGCACUUCCAAAACUUAAUUUGGCAGAAAAUCAUCUCAGUGGUAUAAUUCUUGAACAUAUUGGGCAUCUUGUGCAGCUACUGGGCUUGAAUUUAAGCAAAAACAUGCUGAAAGAAAAUAUUCCUUCCAACUUUAGGAGCUUACGCUUCUUACAGAAUAUGGAUCUUAGUCAGAACAUGCUGAAUGGUGAGAUACCAUGGCAAUUGGGAUGA